CCCGUACAGUUACGCGACUCCACAAAAUCUUUAGCACACAGUAUUAAACGGCAGGGGGGAAACACGUGAAGCGGUAUAAACGUCGUUAGCGUCGCGUGAGAUGCGUCGUCGGCGUAACAAUGUGCUCGUUCGCGGUUUUAACGUCCAGUACGCGUCUCUCGCGCGAGCAACCUGUUGUGUUGUCCAGCUGGUUUUCUCAAAGCGUCGCUUUUGGCUCGCGGUCGAGCUGCAUCGCUCCUCUAAUUGGCCGGUGUGUCUGAUUUGACGGUGGACCGUGUAAAGAGUCCAGCACGCGUCUUAUUGGUUAGAGAUUACAAAUAACGCUGUCUCCACAGAGCAACAGCGGCUCAUUUGGACCGAAUGAAGUCAGCGUUACCGAUGUGUAGCUCUAAAGCCAGCGUUAACUGCUCGCACGAGCCUCAUGCGUUUAAGAAAGCGCACCCAAAGCGUCUCUCUUGUAGGAUGCUGGGGUAUAUCUGGAGGUGUUUCUAUUCCUCAUGUCUUCGCUUCUGGCUGAAAUGGUUCCUGCGGCUGCUCACAGGGAGAUGCGAGCUGCAGCGCGUCUGCGCUCGAUGCAGAACCGGAGCGAGGAGGACAGCACAGAUAGAGUAUUCCCUGAGGUCUUCUAAAAGCAGGGUAUUGCGAGCGGCGUUAUCUUUGAAGGAGAAUGAUUUGGACGACCGUCUGGCUCAGAUAAUCCAGGAGAAGAGAAUCAAGGAGCAGAAAGAUCCCACGUUUAAGCUGAAUCUCCGGCAGUGUUUGUUACAAAUCAACGGAUAUAAUGAGUUGUUCGAGGAGGUCGAGGAGCUAAGAAGACAGGUGUUUGACUCAGAAAAUGAAGAACACGAGCACAUGCUGCUGAAGUUGUGGGAUCUGUUAAUGCCGUCGGUGAAGCUGGAGUCCAGGAUCACUAAGCAGUGGGGAAACAUCGGUUUCCAGGGCGACGAUCCCAAGACCGACUUCAGAGGGAUGGGGAUGCUGGGACUCGCUAACCUCCUUUUUUUCAGUGAGAAUCACACAGACGCAGCCCGCCAGGUCGUGUCCCACGCCGGUCACCCCAGGCUAGGGUACUCGUAUGCCAUAGUGGGCAUCAAUCUGACAGAGAUGGCGUACAGCUUAAUGAAGAGCGAUGCUCUCAAGCUUCAUUUCUACAACACCGUCUCGGGGAAACCCCAAAUGCAGCACUUCCAUCAUUUCUACUGCUACCUGGCGUACGAGUUUGAUAAGUUCUGGUUGGAGGAGGAGCCGGAGAGCAUAAUGGAGUUCAACCGCUACAGGGAGAAGUUUCACGACAAGGUCAAAGGUCAGCUUCAGAUGCCCGAGGUCAGGCUCGUCAUGACCGCGGACCAAGAGAAGUGAUUCCAGCAUCAUUUCACAGACAAAAGGAACCCGCAAGCGCUGCUUUUCUUUCCUUUUUCCAUUGACUUCAUGAUAGUUUUUAGUCGGGAAAAUGUACAACGUGCAUGUCACUUUAUUUGAAUACUAAUCAUUAAACGACUGUAUCAAGAGGUACAUAACUGGUUUAGCGACAGUGACCCGGUCAGGGAAAAGACUUACAAGUAUUACUAAUAAUACUUUCAAAGUGAUGUUUUAAACUCUCCAAUGAGACGAUUGGAAUUCCCUUCACACUUGAACGUUUGGCUCGUGGUCACGUGACUCCUGCUUCUUCGUGUUUUGCCCAUCUCAGGAAGUUGACGUGUCUGUUAAGAUGUUAGGAAGUAGUUUGUUCUUCUGUACGCAGAUGAUUCAGCCUCUCCGCAUGUCAAAGUGUGUUUAAGUUGUAUUAAACCCCGCGCCCGUCGCCGUCUGCACAAUUCCUUGAUGUGGCCCAUGACGAGUGUUUAAUAACUGAUCUGUUUUUGUGAAUAUUGCUAUUCAGACCUCAACUCAAUUCCAAAGUACAGCGAUUGUAUGCACAAACGUUGAUGUGACACUGUGUCGUUGUCUUAUUUAUAAACAGUGUUUGGUUUUGAAGAUGUGACUUUUUAUUCCUGAUGAUGAUGAUGAUGAUGACCCGAUUCAUUUUAUAGUGUUGGAUUCAUAUCUAAUGUUGAAGAAUAAAAUUAGCGACUGACUAUUCAGA